AUGACGGGUGAAGCAUGGCUGUACCUGCUGGCGGUGUUGAUAAACGCCGUCAAUCUCUUCCUGCAGGUCUUCUUCACGAUUAUGUACAGCGAUCUGGAAUGCGACUACAUCAACCCGAUCGAUCUCUGCAACCGCCUCAACACCUACAUCGUCCCUGAAGCUGCCGUACACGGAUUCCUGACUUUUCUCUUCCUGAUCAAUGGAUACUGGAUGGCGUUGGUUCUCAACCUGCCCUUAUUGGCAUGGAACGCAAAGAAGAUCUUCGAGAACCAGCAUCUCCUUGACGCGACAGAGAUCUUCAGAAAACUGAACGUACACAAGAAGGUCAGACACUCUCCCCAAGCAGUACACAGCGACAUCAUUAUGGCGCUGCAGGUGCACUGCUGCGCGCAGGAAUCAUUCAUCAAGCUCGGUUUCCACCUGCUCAUGUUCUUCUUCUACCUCUACAGCAUGAUCGUUGCCCUCAUCCGCGACGAAUCCCACUAG